AUGAAGUCCCACAUCGUCCCAUUAAUUAUUGAUGGCAAUGAUAUUGUCUUGGAAGAGGAGCAAUCCAUUUUCGUUUCAAAUCCCGACAGCGGCAGAGGUUCACAGUGGAAAGCUCAAGGAGCUACACCGGAGCUAUGCCAGCGCAUCUUGGAAUCCUCGUCAGCGGCAUUCCCAAAAUGGAGAAAGACGUCUGUUAGAGAGAGACAAGUAUUAUUCCAAGGGGCAGUAGAGCUUCUUAAAGAGAGGGCAUCUGAGCUGUCGUCCAUUGUGGAAGAAGAACUCGGCUGUUCUCAAGUAUGGGCUUCAAUCAACUUCCAUGCCACACUUGAGAUUAUUGAACAAGUAACGGCUCUUAUAUCAUCUGGGAUAUUGUCCGGGCUGAUUCCGGAGACCGAAUCACCCGAUUCACUGGCUCUGGUCUUCAAAGAUCCGCUUGGUGUCGUGCUAGGCAUUGCACCUUGGAAUGCACCGGCCAUGUUGGGAAUGCGAUCCAUUGCCGCUGCCGUUGCAACUGGAAACUGUGCGAUACUCAAGGGAUCCGAGCUGAGCCCCAGGACACACUACUUUAUUGCCAAUCUCUUCCGAGAUGCUGGAUUCCCGCCUGGGGUGGUAAACUUUCUUGUGCACAAACCUGAAGACGCAUCGACUACGUUCAAUACACUUAUUUCGCAUCCGUCAGUGCGAAAAUGCAAUUUUACCGGCUCGACGGCGGUGGGCCGGCACAUUGCCUCUCAAGCAGGCCAUUUCUUGAAGCCUGUGCUCCUAGAAUUGGGUGGCAAAAACUUCAGCUUGAUACUCGAUGAUGCUAAUUUGGAGACUGUGGCAUCUACCAUUUUAGAUGCAGCUUUUAUCAACAGUGGACAAAUUUGUAUGUCUACGGAUAUCGUCCUAGUGCCUCGGAAGCUGAAAUCGGCUUUCUAUAGUCUUGUCCGCCAACGGCUUGAAUCGGCAUCUGCUGUUCAAGUCAAGCACGUCAUUAAUAGGAGAAGCUCUACUCGAAUCCUUGGGCUGCUUGAUGAUGCUGCGCGUAAAGGAGCCACUGUAAUUACCGCUUCAUCACUAGACGGAGAACACGGUCCGCUGUAUGGCACUGUCAUUGAAGACCUCACCACAGACAUGGAAUUUUGGCAGAACGAAUCCUUCGGCCCCGUUGUUGGAAUUGCAUCAUACGACUCCGUAGAUGAAGCGGUUAGUAUGAUUAAUGAAUGUGAGUACGGCUUGUCUGGAGCGAUAUAUACUGCGUCUAGUCUGCAAGCGGUGCCUUUAGCUCGAAGACUGGAGACUGGAGCGGUUCAUAUCAACGGACCAACGUUCCAUGACGGAUUUACCUUGCCGCAUGGAGGGCAUAAGAACAGCGGGUUUGGGAGAUUUGGAAGCCAUUGGGCGUUUGAAGAAUUUUUGCAGACCAAGACUGUGAUUGCAAAUUAG